CCGGAUCGGAUCUUGCCUUGGAGCGCAAGGGGCGGCAGGCGCGCAGCGUUGCGCACGGGUCCGCGGGAGAAAGAGGAAGGAUCCGGGGCGCGUCUGGCUGCUGGGAAGCUGCCUCCCGAGGAGGAGCAGGAUCAGCGGCGUCCGCCUCUUCCUCCGACCAGCAGUGCGAGGAGCCGGCGAUCGCGGGCGCAAGAUGCGCGCCUAGGCUGCUGCUGCUAGCGCCCCCUCCGCCUCCUCCUCCCUUUUGCGCUCCGGGCGCAAGAAGCGCGCGAUGGCCGCGGCGGAGGCGCUGGCGGGUCUGGCGGGUCUGGCGCUGGGCCUCUACGCCUUGCUCUAUUACAACUUCAUCAAAGGGGCCCCGUGCAAGAACGAGACCAGCCUGCGGGGCAAGACGGUGCUGAUCACGGGUGGAAACACUGGGAUUGGAAAGGCAACGGCCCUGGAUCUGGCCCGGAGGGGAGCCCGUGUCAUCCUAGCUUGCCGGGACAGAGAGCGAGGAGAAUCUGCCGUCUAUGACAUCAAGAGGGAAAGUGGGAACAAUGAAGUUCUCUUCAUGAGCCUGGACUUGGCCAGCUUCAAGUCAGUGAGAGCUUUUGCAGCGGCUUUCUUGAGCUCUGAGCCCCGCCUUGACAUUCUCAUCAACAAUGCAGGUGUCAGGACUGGAAGCCGAAGCAGCGACGGCUUGAAUUUGGCUUUCCAGGUGAAUCACUUGAGUCAUUUCCUUCUGACCCACCUCCUCCUGGAACGGAUGAAGCAGUGUGCGCCCAGCCGUGUGGUGGUGGUGGCUUCCAGUGGACACCGGUGGGGGAAGAUUGACUUUCAGAACAUCCACAAGCCAGUGGAUGGGCAGUCGCCAGGGGUCCAGUCCUACAGGAACAGCAAACUGGCCAAUAUGCUGUACACCCGGGAGCUCGCCAAUCGACUGGAAGGGACGAACGUUACCUGCUACGCGGUCCAUCCAGGGCUUGUUAACACUGAAUUAUUCCGUCACAUGUCGAUCUGGCUGAAGCCUUUUUUCUGGCUCUUCUUCCGAGACGCGACCAGCGGAGCUCAGACGUCCAUCUACUGUGCCACUGAGGAAGGCAUUGAGAAGUACAGCGGGCGCUAUUUUGCCAAUUGCAGGCUGCAUGACCCCAAGCCACAUGCCCGGGAUGACGCCGUGGCCAAGAAACUUUGGGAAGUCAGCGAGAGGAUGGUGGGGCUGGCAAACUAGGCUGCGGUGUUUUUCAAAGAGGGCUCACCUCCAUUGAAUGGAUGCCUGUGCAGAACCAUCCAUGAAAUCGAGGAAUACUUUAAAGUCAAAGUGUGGCAUCACAUGGCAGGGUUCUAAAGUGUUCCCCUGAGCGCUCUUAGGUUGUCCACGGUUUCUCUCCUUUUUUGUUGCCUGGUGAUCACAGCGGGUUGGCCAUUGGUGGAGAUCUUUGCAGCUGUCUCUCUCUUUUUCUUUUGGUAAAGGGUGUCCCCCACCCCAUUUUACAAUGUAUAUAAAGGAAAAAGAACAGUGGCAACAGGGGGGAAAUGAAGAGAUGAAAAACGAAAACUAUAAAACGGUACAGUUGCACGUGGGCCAAAGCAGCAAAGUCCAAGUCAAGGCUAUUGGUGCCGUCAGAUCAUCAGGUCCGGUUCCAGACUUGCCAAGCCUGUGAGGAAGGUUGCCUUGAAAGUCGCCCAUUGCAAAUGUCGCAAAGGAACGCCAAAUCUUACCAAAAGUGCCUGGAGGCUCUAGUCCCUGUUGAAGUCUCAAAUGAUGUGUAAUUUUCUCCAAAUUCGAAAGUGAGUGGUACCAAGCGUCUGGUGUAAUAUUUGCUGUUGUCACUUUGGGGGCCGCCAUAUCCCUCCUCCUCUUUCAUUUUUCCUUUUCUUUUUUUUUUUGUUUACUAGCGGAUCUUUUUAAGGCAAGAGAAGCCACAUGUGUGUCACGGCUGCUGAGCAGACUUUUUAACUGCUUGGAGGUUUUUUCUGCACUCGAGCGGUACAUAAUUUUUAUGAAAUCAAUAAUAAAGAAUGAAUUAAGUUGUUUUGA